AUGGAUGCCAGUCAACUGCUUAUUAAUUCCCUGUCACCUGACGCCGCAACGCGUCAGAGUGCCACUCAGCAGCUUGAGACCGCAGCUAGGGACAACUACCCUGGGUACGUGGUGACGCUGUCUCAUGAACUUGCAAACGAAAACGCCUUGGCUCACGUCCGGAACGCGGCUGCGGUGGCCCUUAAGAACGCGCUCACUGCUAGAGAUGCGACGCGUCAAGCUGAGUUCUCUGCGAGAUGGCUUGCGCUUCCCGAGGACUUGAAAAGCAAGAUCAAGCAAGAAACUCUCAUGACCUUGGCUUCGCCCACUCCACGAAUCGGUUCGUAUGCUGCCACCGUCGUCGCUUCCGUCGCUGCUAUCGAACUGCCCGAAAAUCAUUGGAGCGAUCUCAUCCAAAUUCUUCUUGGCUUUAUCAACAAUCGAGAGAGUGUCGGUCUACGCAUCUCGACACUGACCGCAAUCGGAUAUAUCUGCGAAAGCAUUAAACCGGAGAUUUUGGCAUCCCGUUCUAACGAAAUUCUUACAGCGGUCGUUCAAGGUGCCCGGAAGGAGGAAACUAAUGCCGAAGUUAACGCCUCAGCUAUGCGCGCUCUGUACAAUUCUCUCGAGUUCGUUCGCGAGAACUUUGAACGCGAGGGCGAGCGCAAUUUCCUCAUGCAAGUUGUUUGCGAGGCAACUCAAAAUCCAUCAGUGGAUGUACAGGUCUUGGCAUUUGAGUGUCUUGUUCGCAUAAUGAGUCUCUACUAUGACAAGAUGGGUUUCUAUAUGGAGCGUGCCUUAUUUGGGCUCACCGUACUAGGGAUGAAGAACCCAGAGGAGCGUGUUGCCUUGCAGGCCGUUGAGUUUUGGUCGACCGUGUGUGAGGAGGAAGCCGAUAUAGCUGUAGAGGCUGCCGACGCACUCGAGUACGGCGAAGUCCCGGAGCGUGAAAGUAAAGAUUUCGCGCGUAUUGCUCUGCCAGAGAUCCUUCCCGUUAUCCUCACCUUGUUGACAAGACAGGAAGAGGAUGCCGACGAGGAUGAGUGGAACAUUUCUAUGGCUGCUGGAACGUGUCUCGUCCUCCUUGCCACUGCAGUGAAUGACGCGAUCGUGCCUGCUGUCAUACCUUUCAUCGAGUCAAACAUCACCUCUCAAGACUGGCAUCAAAGGGAGGCUGCUGUUAUGGCAUUCGGUUCAAUUUUGGAUGGACCAGAUCCACAGGUUCUGGCACCUCUCAUUCAUCAGGCUCUUCCCGUACUCCUCCAAAUGCUAAAUCCACAGCAGGAGAAGAAUGAGGCGGUCAAGGAUACGACUGCAUGGACCCUUGCGCGUAUAUGUGACCUCCACUCUACAUCCCUGAAUACGGACAAUGAACUCCACACCAUUGUGGCGGCUGUCGUCACAGGACUUGAAGACAAGCCUCGAAUCUCUGCGAACUGUGCUUGGGCAUUGCAGACGUUGGUUGAUAAUCUCAGUGGGUAUAAUUAUGAAGAGGACGUUAUUUCACCAACUGGACCAAUUUCACGAUACUAUGAAGGCGUUAUCACAGCGUUAAUGCGUGUGACCGAAAAACCUACGAAUGAGUCCAACCACCGCACGGCUACAUAUGAGACAAUGGGUGCUUUUGUAACACACUCUGCUCAAGAUACCCUUCCUAUUGUGUCCCAAGUUAUUCUUGCUAUUCUUACUCGCCAGGAGCAACUCUUAGCCAUGCAAAACCAGAUUCUUGGGGUUGAUGAUCGCACGAAUUGGAACGAAUUGCAAAGCAACUUCUGCAGUAUCUUGAUGGCUGCCAUCCGAAAACUGGGUGCAGAGAUAAAUCCUUUGGUGGAUCGCAUCAUGACGAACACUCUCCAACUCGUUCGGUCUGCAGGAAAACAAUCCACCGUUCUUGAAGAUGCGUUCUUGGUGGUCGGGACAAUGGCUUCAGCCCUCGAAGCCAACUUCCAGUCAUACCUUCCCCCCUUCCUUCCUUUCCUCUACCCUGCGCUCCGUGCCACCGAAGACCAGCACCUAUGCAUCAUUGCGAUCGGCAUCAUUGGAGAUGUGUGCCGCGCCCUCGGCGAAAAUUCUGCUCAGUACUGCAACGCUUUCAUGAAUGUGUUGCUGGAGAACCUGCAACUUACUACCGUUGGCCGCGACGUUAAGUUGGCUGUCCUCGGAUGUUUCGGAGACGUUGCUCUUGCCAUUGGCGGAAGUUACGAGCCAUACUUGGAGACGACAAUGCUCGUCUUGAAGCAGGCCGGAGAAUUCAAUGCCAAUCCGUUGGAUUAUGACUCAAUUGAUCAUGUUGCUCAGCUUCGAGAGACAAUCAUUGAAGCCGAGGUCGGUAUCGUUUCCGGGUUGAAAGGGAGCAAUAAGGCCCAACUCAUUUUGCCGUACGUCCCUGCCAUAAUCGAUCUAUUGAAGCGCGCAUGUCAAGACGAGGAACGAAGUGAUACAGUCUACACUAAAGCUAUGGGUCUGAUUGGUGACCUGGCGGAGGCCUUCCCUAAUGGGGAGAUCCGUGACCAGUUAUUAGCAGAGUGGAUAAUCAACAACCUUGUGAAGUCAAAGCCUCGAGGUUUGACUCCAGAAGGGAAGCGGACCAUCAAAUGGGCUAAGGAGAUGGUUCGGAAAGCUACUACUGCUGCACCUGGCUUUGCCUAA